AUGGACCUUGGAACAAUGUUGUACAACAAUUUAAAAGAUGUUACUUGGAGUACCACAGCUCUGCCAUUAGAUCAACUUGUCAGCGCUUACAGAUUGCCUCAAAUCGUCAAGCUGGACAACGGCCAGUUGGUCGAAGGGCUUCGAGACAAUGACUACCUCUUGAUUCAUUCCUGUCGUCAAUGGACAACUAUAACUGCACAUAGUCUUGAGGAAGGACACUACGUAAUUGGACCUAAAAUAGAAAUCCCUGUUCACUAUGAAGGUCAGUUUAAGCUGCUGGAACAGGACCGAGAUGUUAAAGAACCGGUGCAAUACUUCAACAGUGUGGAAGAGGUAGCCAAAGCAUUUCCUGAAAGGGUUUACGUCAUGGAAGAAAUCACAUUCAAUGUUAAGGUGGCUUCAGGGGAAUGCAACGAAGAUACUGAAGUUUACAAUAUAACACUAAGCACUGGCGAUGAGCUAACAUUAAUGGGUCAAGCCGAGAUCCUCUAUGCCAAGACCUCCAAAGAAAAAUCCAGAUUUAAUACAAUUUUUAAGAAGAUUGGCAAGCUGAACUCCAUCAGUAAGAUGGGUCGAGGCAAGAUGCCCUGCUUGAUCUGCAUGAACCACCGCACCAACGAGAGCAUCAGCUUACCUUUCCAAUGCAAAGGCCGCUUCAGCACAUGUAGUCCGCUGGAGCUUCAGAUGCAGGAUGGCGAGCACACCAUCAGGAACAUUGUAGAAAAAACGCGUUUGCCGGUGAACGUCACAGUGCCCAGCGGUCCUCCCCGCAACCAGCAUGACCUCCACCUCAUCCGGGAAGGCCAUCGCUACAAACUGGUCAACAUUCAGACCAAGACGGUGGUCGUGUGCUGCGUCCUGCGAAGCAACAAAAUCAUCCCCAUCCAUUUUCCUUUCCACGUGGCUUUGCCUCGAUUUAUUGUUCCGGAGGAACUGCUACAAGGCGAAUUGUGGCUGGAGACUAUGGUGCAUCGCUGGUUCGCCUUCUGUCAGGAGCAGUUUGAUAUAGACGACUACUCCCGUGCCGUUCGGGAUGUACGGACAGAUUGGAACGAUGAGGGGAAGAGCCCUAAGAAGCAGAGUGGCGGGAACGGUAUCUGCUGUGCUGGCGGAACCUCCAACGGGUGUCCCAACAGUAUGCAGAUCCCGAGUUCUUUAACGUACGCCCGGGAUGAACUGACGCAAUCCUUCCACCGACUCUCUGUGUGCGUUUACGGUAGCAACCUGCACGGUAACAGUGAGGUCAAUUUGCAGGGAUGCGCGAGCCUCUGCGGCGAUUGGGCUCUGCUGCCCUCUGACAGCAUUCCGACAGACUCGGUGGAAAAUGAACACUUUUCCACAGAAAUGUUGGAGUGCCCCAACAAGCAGGCGCCCCUCACCAAGUCAGAUGUUCCCUAUGAGGAGCUGUGGUUGGACCACUUAAGAAGCCAGAUCCCAAAGUCGUCUUCAACUGAAGGUGUUCAAGGUCUCAACAAUGGAUGUGCUCCUACAUUAACAACAUCAACCCCAUCUUGCCCCGUUUUAUGUCCUCUUGGUCCAGCUACCAUUCCUGACGUCUCUCUCACUCCGCCACCAGUCCCGCCCAAAUCUGAAGCUGUGAAAGAAGAAUGUCGCUUAUUGAACGCCCCGCCGAUUCCUCCACGUAGUUUGAAACAGAUGCCGUCAGUACCGAUGCUGUCGAAGCCUCGGCAGCAAGAGACCCGCUCCCCAAGUCCAACCCUUUCCUACUACUCUUCUGGUCUCCACAGCAUUAGUGGCACUUGUGAACAAGAGGCUUCUGAUCCGCAAGAGAAAAGCAGCGUAUGCUAUCCGUGCAAGUGGGCACGUCCCGCCAGUGGCGAGCCUAGCGGCGCGAUGCUAAAUUCGCCAUCCGACGGGAUGUCCUCCAGGUUGUCUUGGCCCAACAACUUCAGCGGAGGAGAUUGUCACGCUUUGGACGACUUCCUGCCCGCCGGCUGCCGCAGCUACUACAGCUACCCGAGAAAUAGAUCCACGAGCAAUCCCAAAACCUGCAGCCUGGUCGACUUUGACAGCCGAGAGCGUGCGCCCGGCGCUAUAAGUCUCAGGCUGCGCGAUGAGUCUCGAAGUAAGUCCUGCACCAAAUCUUCUAGUUACAAUUCGGAAAUGCACAGAGACAAACCGAUAGACGAAUGCAAUACCAAGCAGAGCCUUUCUUGCCCUAUUUUACCGCCAAGAACAGCAAAGUCAAACAGCUUGAAGAAGAGUUUAGAAUUAGCAUCUGGAUCAACCGGUGACAGUCAACAGGACACUUCAACUCCCUGCCUCGUUCCACAGCGUGAACACUUAAUGCAAGAUUCGACUUCCAUCACGAACCCGGAAACUCCUUGCUUGACUUCGGGGUCUCUCUCAGAACAGUGGCAGCCCCCGCCUUGUCUGGCCGGCCUUUCAAUAGAAGAGGUGUCCAAAUCGUUACGAUUCAUCGGCCUUCCAGACGACAUCGUGUCCCUCUUUAUUUCCGAGAAGAUCGAUGGGAACUUGUUACUGCAGCUCACCGAAGAGAUUCUCUCCGAGGACUUCAAACUGAGCAAACUGCAAGUAAAGAAACUCAUGCAGUUCAUUAACGGGUGGAGACCCAAAAUAUGA